UGAAGAAUGGCUGUUGAUCAAAAUCAAGAGAACAUUCAUAUUAUCAUGGCUUUUAGAGACAGGCUACGAAGACUUAUCCAAAUUGAGCCGGUUCUCGACCAAUUACAUUUCAUAGACCAUGAACAAAAAGAAAAGAUAAGAGCCAAGUUACAAGCACAGGGCAAUUUAUGUGCAGCAGGCGUGCUUAUCGAUACGAUAAUAAACAAUAAGCAUCCAGAGGGAUGGUUUAGGGAACUGUUGGUCGCGCUUGAAGGCGGAGGAUGUAAACAAGCAGCGAAUUAUAUAGAAAACAGUCCACCGAGUCCAUCGAUCGAGGCCGAAAAUGACUCGUGCAUUCAAUUAAUAAAUCUUCUUGGGCUUAGUUUAGUGAAGAUGAAGACCGCCGAUGUGUGUCUGAGCUGUUUUACAAUGGGCCUUUUAACCGAAGAAGAUCGCGAAAAUAUUCUAGCUGAAAUGAAUCUUCAUGGAAACACAAGGGGAGCUCGACUGUUGCUUAGACGAGUGGUACGGAAUCCAGUCGGUUGGUUUUCACAGUUCCUGAGUGCACUGGAGGACACUGGACACCCAGAUUUGGUCCGAGAGCUAAGGGGGGAGCCACUCAACAAUGAAGAUGACGGGCCAGAUAAAAGCGAUACUCCGGGUGUCCUGAAGGAUGAAAGUGAGUGCAGUCCUGUGAUGGACGCUGAGAAGACGAGACCAGAAGCAGAGGCGGAGGACUCUAGCAUAUACAACACAGAGGACACGUCCAUGAGCAAUAGUAUGGACAGCAGCUUCUGCCUCUCCAGCCUGGAUACGUCUCUUGAUACUAUCCCAGAAAACAGGGAUUUAGACUUGUACAACGAUGAGAAACUGGAAGCAGACCAUCUUGAAGACAGUUUGGACCAGUCAGACUGUGGUGCUGAGGGGGCUGUGUCUAGAGAGACAGACAUUGCGCUGCGAGAUUAUCAGAUGGCCGUGGCCAGACCAGCUCUAGAGGGGAAAAACAUCAUCAUCUGCCUCCCAACAGGAAGUGGCAAAACCCGAGUGGCGGUCUACAUUACUAAAGAACAUCUGGACAGCAGGAAAAGAAAGCAACAGCCAGGGAAAGUGGUUGUCCUGGUCAAUAAGGUCCCAUUAGUGGAACAACAUUACAAAGCUGAGUUUGGAAAGUUCCUGAAAAACCAGUACAAAGUGGAGCGAGUCAGUGGAGAUUCUCAGCUGAAAAUCUCCUUUCCAGACAUCGUGAAGAAAAAUGACAUCAUCAUCUGUACGGCCCAAAUUCUGGAGAACUCCUUCAAAAAGGCAAAAAAUGGAGAUGACGAUGGUGUUCAGCUAUCACAGUUUAGCUUGGUUGUGAUCGAUGAGUGUCACCACACGCAGAAGGGAGGAGUGUACAACCACAUCAUGAUCCGCUACCUGAAACAGAAGCACAGGAACCCACUGCUGGUUAAGGAGCAGAAGGAGCCUUUGCCCCUCCCUCAGAUUCUGGGCCUCACUGCCUCGCCUGGGGUUGGAGGAGCCAAGACUCAGCAUAAAGCUGAGGAGCACAUUCUGAGAAUUUGUGCAAACUUGGAUGCCUUCACAAUAAAGACAAGGAGUAUGGGGGAGGAAAACAAACUGCCUUAUAAACGGAUCGCGAGCGCUGAGCCAAGAAAGGAGGACCCAUUCGGGGAUGUUAUUAAAGACAUUAUGGACGAAAUCCAUGCACACGCGGAGUUAAACCCGCUCUGCGAUCCCGGGACACAGAACUAUGAACAGUGGGUUGUGCAGAGAGAGCAGAACGCUGCUAAAGAACAGAACCAGAAACUGCGAGUGUGUGCAGAACAUCUUCGGCAGUACAACGAGGCACUACAUCAGGGCAACACCAUCCGUAUGUCCGACGCCUGCAGCUUCCUGGACAAGUUCUACAGAGAGGAGAGGAGGAAGAAGUUUAACCCAGAAGAAGAAGGCAUUAAAAUCACGGACACUGAACGAUUCCUCUUUAAGCUCUUUGACGACAAGAAAGAGAAGCUGCAGGAACUGGCAAAGCAUCCCGAAUAUGAGAAUAAAAUCCUAUCCAAACUUAGGAAAACAAUCCUCCAGGAGUUCACCGGCAGAGACGAAGCAAGAGGCAUCAUUUUUACCAAGACCCGCUUGAGUGCCAUCGCUCUCAGCCAAUGGAUUCAAGAGAACAGGAAAUUUGAGGAGGCCGGUGUCCGGGCGAGCCAUCUGAUCGGAGGAGGAGACCAAAGUGUUGUGAAACCCAUGACUUCAGCGGAGCAGAAGGAUGUGCUGAGCAGGUUUCGUUCAGGGGAGAUUAACCUCCUCAUCGCUACAACUGUGGCUGAGGAGGGUCUGGACAUUAAAGAGUGUAACGUGGUCAUCCGCUACUGCCUGGUGACCAAUGAAAUUGCCAUGAUUCAGGCAAGAGGAAGAGGCAGAGCGGAAGACAGCAGUUACACCCUAGUGGAAGAGGAGGGGUCUGGAGUCGCUGAGAGAGAGAGUGUAAACGAGUAUCGAGAAAAGAUGAUGAGUAAAGCUAUUGACAGGGUGAUGAAGCUGAACCGAGCAGAUUAUGAAAAAAAAAUCAAGGACUUUCAGAUCCAGGCGAUCAUGGAGGAGAAAGUGCGUACAAAGAAGAAGAAGCAGAAGGGCAUGCUAAAGGAAGACCCGUCCAAAGUGAAGUUCAGCUGUAGAAACUGCAUGAAACCAGUCUGCUCAGGAGAACACAUCGAAAUCAUCGAGAACAUGCACCAUGUGAAUGUCUCCACUCAGUUCAGUGAGCUGUUUAAUGUGAGAGAGAACACCUCUUUACAAGAGAGGCGUCUGGACUAUGAGGCCAAUGGAGUCAUCGCAUGCAAUGACUGUGGACAGCCAUGGGGUUCUAUAAUGCUGUACCGUGGAAUUGAGUGUCCUUGCCUUCACAUUAAGAACUUUGUGGUGACGUACAAUAUGAAGAAGAAAGUGUUCAGCAAAUGGAAUGAACUGGCUAUCAGAUUUCCUGCGUUCGACUAUGCUGAGCAUGCUCACAUGGUUGCCGAGAGCUCAGAGGAUGAAGACGACGACUAUGAAUAAACAUGACAGAGUUUUAAUUCAUGAAAAUAGUGUAAGAUCGUU